AAAGCCUUCCUGGAACUGGAAAAGACCACCUGUAGAUACGCCAGUGGGGACAUGCAUAUCUCCUGGAUGAGAGACAGGAGAGUGCGUAGUAGGCCUUUCCCGACAGAUGAAAAUCGUCGGCCGGGUUCUCGGUUUUUCAGUUGUUUUCAGCGCAUAGACAGAGCAUGCACAUCAUGGGACUGAUCCACCAGGCUUGCUUGAACCUACUUGUUGUGGCCCUUCUGGUUGUUCUGGCUGCAGCUAUACCGACUUCUCUGGUGGACGAAAUCAAGUCGAGUGAGCUGAGGAAUAAUAAGGAUCUCGAUUGGGAGCAAGAACAAGCCGACUUCAUCAACCGAAAUACUCUGCCAAACAUCUCUUCCAGCCUGUUCAAAUACCCGGACAACAAUUUCGGCGACGAUAAAACCAUCGCUGAAUACGAAAAAGGGUUCAGGUACGGCACCAACAAGGACAGACUGGACGAAGCUUUAGAAAAUGCUGUCUUGAAGUAUUUUGGCGCAGAUGCUGCGAAAAAAAGGAAACGACGUGAUGCAAAGAAAUUGAGAUUGGAUUCGCGCAUCAAACGAGAAGUCGACUUGACCCCCGAAGAGAUUCUAGCCCUCCUGUCCCUUUACGAAAAUGGCCGCCCUUCCCAGCGCCGUCCUCAGAGCGAAAACUACCGCUAUCCCUGGAACAGAUUCGAGGCCAACGCGGACCAGGAACAGGCCGAGCCCCAGGACCAGGAGGAGAACUGGCUGGACGACCCGGUGUACCCGCACGCCAGCGGCUACGACAGGGUGUUGGGGCCGAAGUACGCCUACGAGGGGAUGCAGGCGCCCCAGCAGGCUUUGGACGGCGGAUGGAGGGGGCUCGAGGGAGGCGACAGCAGCAGGAGGGUGGCCCAAAAGAGGAACGUCGACCCUACUCGUGAAUUGAGAUACUUGAACGGACCGAACAAAAACGACUUCUAUACACUCUCCCACCUCCUGAGCAACCAGAAAGAACCGAAUCUUCCAGUAUAUCAUCGAUUACUUUUGUAAAACGGAGAUCAAUUGCAUCAUAUCAGUGUACUUGAUUCGAAUAUGGUACCUACCCUUCCAAACGUUGAAUCUGUGUUUAAAAUUAAAUAGGUUAUAUCGAUGUAUAUUUUUCUGAGAUUAUAUAACAGGAAAUCAGUCAGUAUAAUAUAAUAAUUGAAUGUAUCUAUGGAUGUACUUAAUAAAUUCUGCAAAAUUUGUG